ACAGUUGUCUAUGUUCUCUUCCAAUUAUUGCGUAGAAGAUUAGCGUAAAAAUUAAUUAAAACAUUGUCGCAGAAAAUUAAUUAUUGAAGAAAGACUAUUUUAAAGCUAUGGCAUGGCAAAAUAAUUUGACAACCGAUACAGAAAGAAAGACUCAUCUGUUAUCCGGUCACCUGUCCGACGUUGUUCUCUUCGUAGGGAAUGAGACGAAGAGAAAACAUUUUAAUGUACAUAAAUUGAUACUAUCAAUGUACAGCGAAGUGUUCGAAAAUAUGUUUUAUGGUCCGGAUAAAGUGGAUGAUUCCGAAAUAAAGAUCGAAGACAUCGAUUGUCAUAGCUUCGAAUCUCUUCUGAAAUUUAUUUACACAGACAAAAUGGUUGCCUGUUCCGAAUUCGAUAACAUAACCCUGUAUAAAGCGGCCCAUAAAUAUCGUAUUCAGUGUCUAGUGGAAUUAUGUCGGUCGAAACUGAUGGCAAAGAUGAAAGUGGCCCACGUCUGGCAUAUUUACGAAUUGGCACUCGAAUAUUCUGAUAGAGAACUGGUGGAAAAAUGCAUCGAAAUUGUUUCAAAAGAGACUUUGGCCACUUUUAAGCUGAAUUAUUUUCUUAACAUUAAGUUGGAGACUUUAUGCGAAUUGGUAACUUACGAUUUAAAGUUACUGACCGAAAACGAUUUGUUCGAAGCCGUGAUUCAUUGGGCAACCAACGUUUGUAGCAAAAGUAAAGAAGAUUGCAAACCUUGUAACUUGAGGAAGAUUUUAGAACCGGUGUUACGCCAUAUAAGAUUUUUGAGUUUAACACGUUACGAUUUCGAUGAAAUGAUUAAACAAUGUGAAAUACUCACAGAAGAAGAAACAAAGAAAAUUAAAAGUGCCAUAGAAAAUCCCCAAUACAUUUCCGAACUUCCAUCUUGGGUUUGCAGAUGGAGAAAACCUCGAGCUCUGUAUAAAGUUUGUAAAUAUUCAUGCAAACUCAAUAAUCCCAUUCAGAUUUGUCACCCAGUUAUACAGAGCGAAAUUUCCGUAACAGAAUCUAUUUAUUUACACGGAUUCGGUUUCUUUCUUAUACCAAAUCAUCCAAGUCUAUUCCUACCUCGCAUUGUCGACGUCGUUGUUAUCAACAAAUCCUGCGAUGAAGUGGAUAUACGAGCGGAACUUUACCAUUGUAAACAAACCGGAUUUUGCAGAGUUAUGUUCUUCGAUCCCUUUCCAUUAAUUAAAUCCGAUUAUUACAAAAUCGUUUUUCCAAUUUUGAAUUUUCCAAAAUACAUAACGUGGUUGUUGUGUUCCGGUUCGCGACAUUGCGAAACCCGAAUUUUGGAUAAUGUCCACUUUCUGUUUAAUGGAGACAACGUGGAAUGCGGGCAAAGACACAUCCAUCAAUUAUUCUAUACUCUAAUGACAAAGUCAUCUUCAAAAUGGUCUUCAUCCGAAGAAAGUACUUAAAUUCAAUUGAAGAUUUUCAAACCAUUAUUUGAUUUUUCAACUAAAUUUAUUAUUAAUAAAAAUUUUACAAUAUCAGUCAAUAAAAUUUUAGAAAUUCUUUAAAAUUCAAUAUGUUUUGUUCAAUUCUCUACAGUGUCUUAUGCCAUUCCUCAACAGAGAAAACACUAAAGCAUCUGAUAAAGAGAAAGAAAUGACCUUAUUCCACAGUUCUUUUAUGA